AUGCCUCCCGCAACAACGACAGCACAGACUUCAACAAGACCAAAAUCAACAGAAUUUGGAAAUAUUCGUUAUCCCCUUCCAGAAUGUUAUACAAAUGAUGAUAAAAUGAUGUGUUGUAAUUCUAAGCUUGAAGACACGAUGAGAGAUGCUUAUAAAGAAUUGCUUCAAGAAAAGGGAGAGGAUAUAUUUCAUAGAAGUAAUCUUCAAAAAAUAACAAAUAGAGUUCAAGCUUUGACUGAAGCAAAAUUUAAUACAACAUCUGAAGUAAUUACUGCUAUUAGCGAUUUUGCUAGUAAAAGUCAUUUUUGGAGUAACCAUAUUUGUAAAAUACACAGAGAUGGAAGAUAUAUUUUGGUUUAUGCAACUCCAAAACAUGGAAGGGUUAAUUAUAAAAUUGGUAGUGAAAAGGAGAAUGAAGAUGUUUGUUUAAAAAAAGAAGCUAAAGAAGGAUAUAAUAAUUUAGUAGAGCCUUCUCCUCCUCCUUAUUCUACCCCUUCAAUUUCUCCCGUAAGUUAUGAAAUACAUUCAGUAAAUGAAGAUAUUUAUGGUGGAAGGGGGAAAGAAAUAUUAAAUAAUUUUUCUACAACUUUUGGAUAUACUAAUUUUGAAAGAACAUCAACAGAAGGUUAUUCACCUUCAAUUUCCCCAUUAAAUUAUAAAUUUUCUACAAAAACAAUAAAAACAGAUUUUAUUUAA